CAGUUCGCAUUUAGCUUUUUGCCAGCACGGCGGCGCUUGCCAAUCUCCAGCGCACGUUACAAACGGCUUGGGGUCUCAGUCCCGCCUCUCGUGGCUCUGAUAAUCGAAAUCCCAACUUAUUUACAUCAAGUGUAUUGCAAUCAAGUAUAAGCCAACAGAAGAUGCAAAUUGCUACCACUUGAUUUAUCGAGUUGAAUUCAGAGGGAAUCUAUUUCUUACCUGGAACGAUAUUUAUUGUUGAACAAUAGCACUAUUAAUCUAAGCAAAAAUGGCUGUGGAUUACGUUUUAGAGGACUUAAUGGGCAAACUGGGUGAAUUCGGCAAAUACCAAUUCGCUCAAUUUUUCCUGCAAGUGCUGUCCGCUUUGACAGCGGGUAUGCACAUGCUGUCCCUGGUGACUGUUGCAUCAGUGCCCGAGCAUCGAUGCUUUAUAGCCGGCGUAGAUAACAGUACCCUGUCCCAGUUGCCAUGGAACUCUACCGCCAUCCUUGACGCCAUUCCAUUAAAGCCAUCCGGCGAGCUGGACUCCUGUCAUAUGUACAAUGCGAGCGCUGGGGAUCACAGCCAGAUACCCUGUGAGAAGUAUGUGUACGAUACAACGUAUUAUAAGACAUCCCGCACCAUCGACUGGGACUUCGUUUGCGAUCGUCGCUGGAUGGGUGCCAUCAUUCAAACAGUCUUUAUGUUGGGUACAUUCACGGGCGCCGUUACGUUGGGUGGCCUGGCAGAUAAGGUCGGUCGCAAGACCGUCUUUUGCUGGUCGGCGCUACUGCAACUAUUUGUCGGCGUAGGCGUGGCUUUCAUCCCGGAAUACUUUUCGGUCAUGGUGGCGCGUUUUAUCCUAGGUAUAGUGGGCUCCGCUGGUGCCUAUAUAUGCGGCUUUGUACUGACCAUGGAGCUGGUGGGCGCUACCAAACGGACAGUAUGCGGCAUUACCUUCCAGGCUGUCUUUGCUGGUGGCAUAAUGCUCGUUGCCGGCUGGGGUGCCAUUAUCAAGGAUCGUCAAAUGCUGCAGGUGGUGUAUGGCUUGCACGGUUGCCUGUUUCUGGCCCAUUGGUGGCUGAUGGAUGAGUCGCCGCGCUGGCUGUGGAUGCAGGGGCGUGCCGCCGAGGCAGUGGACAUUGUGGCAAAGGGAGUACGCAUUAACGGCUCUGGCAUACCCAUAGGCAAGGACUACUAUGUGCAGAAGGCCAAGCAACAGGCUGCUGUUGAGGAGAAGUCGAGUGCUGGUCUCGCGGAUCUCUUCCGCACGCCCAACUUGCGGAUGAAGACCCUGAACGUGUGCCUCUGUUGGUUCGCUAACUCAAUUGUCUACUAUGGCCUAUCGCUGAGUGCUGGCAAGCUUUAUGGCAAUCCCUAUCUGAUACUGUUCCUUAUGGGUCUGGUGGAGUUCCCUAGCUAUAUAACCAUUGUUUUUGUCCUGGAUCGCCUGGGACGUCGCUCCAUCACCUCCACUCUGAUGCUUGGUGGCGGCUUCUGUUGCAUCGUGGCCGCCUUCAUAGCUCAGGGUACCACACUGUCCACGAGUAUUGUGAUGCUGGGUAAGCUGCUUAUUGCUGGAUCCUUUGCCGUCAUCUACAACUACUCGGCGGAGCUGUUUCCCACUGUGGUGCGCAACUCAGCCAUGGGAUUGGGCUCAAUGUGUGCCCGUCUCUCUGGCGCUCUGACACCCCUGAUUACUCUACUCGGCGAUUCAUUUGAUCCGAAGAUUCCGGCUGUGCUGUUCGGCGUGGUUGCCUUAGUGUCCGGCUUCUGGGUUAUGUUCCUGCCGGAAACAAUGAACAAGCCAAUGCCAGAGUCCAUUGAGGAUGGCGAGCGCUUUGGCAAGGGUGAUACCUGGUUCAGCCAAUGUGCUGGCCGGAAGCCACGCCAGGAUAGUAUUUAUCCCGACGAUCCUGAGCAAAUGGUGCCGCUCAAGACCAUCGAAAGUAAAUAAGAUAUGCCAAAGUUUUGUUUUUUGUUUUGUUUUGUUAAGCCUAAGACACAUCUAUACUGACACACACCCACACACACAUGCACUCCCACUAUCAGCUGCUUUUGCGCUGUUUAGUUAGCUUUCAUCAUGUUAAUAAAUUACAUAAAAUACA